AAACUUGAGCUUGAGUCUAAGUGAACUGAACAUGGACCGGCUUUAGGACCCUGCGUUACAACGAAUCAGGGGCCAAGGGCUCAUUAGCCGUUGCAGCACUGUCCCAAUGGGCAAAGUGAGCACUCCUUUCAACAAUAAACCGUCUCGUAACGCAGAACUGGAGGGUUCCCUUUCGACAGUCAGGACCGCAGCCUUGGUUUGAAGCAUGCCAAGGGAGGGUGCACGUGCUAUUCUUCCGAUUUUCCAAGGCUACAAGCGGCCACUGCCGUCCGCUCGGCACGCGUAAACGACGAGUUACUCCCUAACCAGAUGGGGCUACGGAAGACGCGUGAAAACGAAGGAAAGCAAGUUACUUUUAGUCUCAUCGUGACAUCGGGACUUUGUACAGGUUUUUCUGUUUGCUUUAACUAGUCAGCCGAGGUUUGAGUUUUGAGUUUUUGUGUUUUGUUUUUUUUUUUUUAACAACUUUUUGAUCUGUCUGGAGAAUACAUAUGGUGACUGAAUCUCAAAACAAGGCUUUGAAGUUUGACAGAUAAAAAGCUUGGUGCCGGGGCUGGUGUCGGGUGAGAGACGGUGUACGUGUGCUCAGUCCCGCAGUUUACACGUCUCUGUGUUCCGCUGACUUUAUCCCCUUAGCUGGUUUUAACGCCUUUCCCCCCCGACCAUUGGUUUCAGACUUGUUUGAUGUCCGCACCUCCACCGCUGGCAACGUUUAGCUACACCUUUACGCACUCUCGCUGUGCGUUCCCAGUUUACUGGGAGCAGAUCCAUGCGAUCUCCUUGGAUCGAAUAACAGGUCUCUUUUUGUCACCAGACAGUUGAAUGGAUUUUCGGGUACACUUCAUUCAAACUGGGGAAUUAGAACCGUACGAUUUUCAAGUAAUUGUUUUGGGCCACUUGGCUAGUGUGCGUAAAUGUUGUCCACUUUGAUUUUUGUCCAAGAAAUGCGUCUCCCUGGCGAUAUUUAAGUUGCCACGGUGAAUAUUUUCCUGAAUCAGAUUUUUUUUGUUUGAGGCUUGAAGACGCUGGAGGAGAAGAUGAACCUGUGUAUCGUCAGUCUUCUCCUCACUUUGGAUUUAGCCACCGUGGCGCUCAGUUUGUCCACAUGCAGCACGCUGGACAUGGAUCAGUUCAAGAAGAAGCGCAUCGAGGCUAUCCGAGGGCAGAUCCUGAGCAAACUUAAGCUCACCAGCCCUCCGGAGGAUUUUCCCGAGCCCGAGGAGGUUUCCCAGGACAUAGUCGCCAUUUACAGCAGCACACGGGACCUGCUGCAGGAGAAAGCGAACGAACGGGCGGCGACGUGCGAGCGGCAGCGGAGCGAGGAGGAGUAUUACGCCAAAGAGGUGCACAAGAUCGAUAUGCAGCCGUUCUACCCAUCAGAGAAUGUUAUCCCUCCUACACACUUCAACCCUUACUUCAGGCGGCUGACAUUUGAUGUGUCCUCCAUGGAGAAGAACGCCUCCAACCUGGUAAAGGCUGAGCUCAGGAUCUUCCGACUUCAAAACCCUGGAGCCAGAGUGUCUGAGCAGCGUAUUGAGCUAUACCAGAUUUUAGGACACAAAGACCUGACGUCCCCAACACAACGCUACAUUGAUAGCAAGGUGGUACGAACACAAACAGAGGGAGAGUGGCUGUCUUUUGAUGUGACAGAGGCAGUGAGUGAAUGGCUGAAUCACAGAGACAGAAACAGUGGAUUCAAGAUCAGCCUGCACUGCCCAUGUUGCACAUUUGUACCAUCAAAUAACUACAUUAUUCCCAAUAAGAGUGAGGAGCUGGAGGCACGAUUUGCAGGUAUUGAUGACAGUGUCAUCCAUGGCAGUGACCUGAAAGUGUUUAAGAAGCGGCGGGACAGCACUCGGGCUCCACACCUUCUCCUCAUGUUAUUGCCUUCAUACCGACUGGAGUCCCAUUCACAGUCCUUGUCCCAGCAAAAAAACCAUCGAUCUAAGAGAGCCCUGGAUGCUGCCUAUUGCUCUAGAAACGUUCAGGACAACUGCUGCUUAAGGUCACUCUACAUCGACUUUAAGAAGGAUUUGGGCUGGAGGUGGAUCCAUGAACCUAAGGGCUAUGAGGCUAACUUCUGUGCUGGGGCCUGCCCAUAUUUGUGGAGUGCCGAUACCCAGCAUUCCAAGGUGUUAGGCCUGUAUAACACCAUCAACCCUGAAGCAUCGGCAUCACCCUGCUGCGUCUCCCAGGACUUAGAGCCCCUCACUAUCCUCUACUACAUUGGCAAGACCCCCAAAAUAGAGCAGCUUUCCAAUAUGAAGGUCAAGUCCUGCAAGUGCAGCUAGAACCCCUUACAAGCCAGCACAAACUCUCUCUCUCUCUCUCUCUCUCUUUCUCUCUCUCUCUCUUAUACGCACAUACACACACACACACACACAGUGGACUUGGGGAUAAAUACAUUCAGACUGCAUUCAUUAUUUUACUCACAGCAGUGUCUCCACUCAGUGUAGUUAUAGAGGCGCAAAACAAUUCAGUGCUCGCUCAGCGCAUAUACAACAUACACAUUCAGUGCUGUCACGAUAUCAAAUCUUGACUUUGAUUCCAGUGCUAAGUACCAGUGUUGCAUUCACACUGCCUAAAAAAAGCAGUAAUUUUUUUCUUUUCAUGAUGAAACUCAAGUCUGAGCAACGUUGUUCUUACAUGGCCAAACAAACUGAACUAAAGGCAUCAAAAAGGAAGAAUGCCCCCGCAUUAACCAAUGGCAACUGAAAAACCAUUAGGUAGUGUACAAAUUUAUGUAUAUGACAUGGACAACUUCACCGUAUGUGCACCAGAUUGCUUUGGAUGUUUAAAGGAGUGGGAUCCAAUUCAUAAUGUGAUGAAUUUGUUGAAGGGUGAAGAAGUCAAUCAAAUCCCUUAAGAUGGAGUACUGCUAAUGGCCACUAUACUAUCAUUACAGCUUUGUUGACAGAUGGACGCACUAAAAAACUGGAUAACAGGAUAACAUGACCAAAUAGUUGCUUUGGCGAUACUCCUGGUCAAGAGAUGACUUUGAAGUCAGAGUUUUACUGGGAAAAGAAAAUACUGAUUGUUUAUAAAAUAAUCCUUGGCAGUGGUAUCAAAGUCAUGCCAAAAUUUAUGGUACUGUGUGUCCACUGCACAGGACACAUACUGUAUAUGCUUCAUAUAAAUACAAACAUUCAGUGACAAAGAUAUGAAUUUUGUACAGGUAUGCCCUUUGUGUCAUUUUGAAGGCCAACAUGUAUCACCUCACACACUUGCCAGAAGGAGACAUGAGAGCAAGACAAACACUGGAAGUAUAAGUGAUAAGUGUCUACAUGUGAAAUAAGUCCUGAAAAUAACUCAGUCCCACCCCCAACACUUACAUACUGCUUCUUUCUCUUCUCUCCACCUCACCCCACUAUAGUUUUCAUGCUGUGUCACAUGCCACACUUCAUUUUUGUGUUUGUCUCCGUUUAGCAUCCCUUGUGAUUUCCUAAAUCUUGUCAUUAAUUUCUUAUCUAAGAUGUUCAUAGUUGUAGUUUUACACCCUGUAAACUUUGACCCAGGUAGAAUAGUGGAUAAUAUCAACCUCGCACUGAUGAUAUAGUGUACAAUAUCAACUCUGUUUCAUAUGUUACAAAUGUUGAAAAAUUUUGAAAAAUUCAUUUUGAUUCACAACAUGAAAAACCAGCCAGAUGAUAAAAUAAAAAAAAAAUCAUAUAUGAGUGCCUUCAAGGAUAAUUUUGGUCUAUUAUAACAAUAGUCUCAAUAGGGGACACAUAUUCCAGUAGUUGUAGGGACAAAAAUCUGAUUACACAGUCACAUUGUGAGGACCCGCCUUAUUCCCGCCUUAUUCCUGCCUUAUUCCCACCUUACUUAUGGGGACAAAAUGCAAGCCAAGACAAUGUAAAUCAUUAAAUAUUAGAGUGAGGACUUGCGUUAAGGUUACAUUGAGAUUAGGGUUAGGUUAAGGUAGUUAGGAUUAGGCAAGUAAUGUUUAUUGUUAUUGUUAGGUGGUGGUUAAACCCCCAGGAAAUUAAUCUAAGUUUAUGUAAUCUCCCCAAAGGUGAUGGAAACAAGACUCUGUGUGUGUGUGUUGUGUAAAAGAAAGUUUAAUAAUGAAGGAAAGUUUGAUUAUAUGAUUAAUGAUUAUAAAUUAAUCUUGAAAGUAAGUUUUUGACUUACACAUUUCCAGCAUAUUUUAACGAUUAAGACAUGUUCUUUAUCUCUAUCAUACAAAGCAUCAAACGGAGUUGUUUUUUAAAAGAAAAUGCUUGAGAUCGCACAAGGAGAUCAUACCUAAAAGGUGGAGUCAGAGUCAAAAGUUUGAUGCAUGACAUUAGGAGAGAGCGUAUGUGAAUAUCGUGGAUAAAGUUGUUGUGUAACUGUUUUAAAGUCAGAGUUAAAGGUAUAGAAUUCUAACAGUUUUUGAAUAGCAUAUACUAAUUUUUCUUUACGUAAAGAUUGCAAACCCUAGAUUGAUCCUUGGAAAGACUGAUGAAAGAAUUCCUCUUUUACAUUAAUUAAUUUAAUUGUGAUUAUACAACACAAACAUUUGUAUAGAUACUAUUAUAAUUCAAUUCAAUUAUAAUUAUUAUAUUGUAUUAACCACAGUUUACAGACCCACUUCAACUUUGACCUAAUGUACUUACUGUAGUUGUGUGCACAGUCUUCUUGUGCAGUGAGGGAAUAUUAGUUAUAUUCCAUUUGCACUCAGGUGCUUUCAGAUGAAGUGGUGUAAAUAAUCUGAUUAGUGUUAGUUUCAUAGUUUCGAAGUUUGACAGCUUGUGUUUCUUGACCCAUCUGACUUUGUUGUAGUGAUGUCACUGUGUUCCCAGAUCUCAGAUCUCUACUUUAAUAUAGACCAAUGUAUCCCAUCCAUUCAUUCAUGAUGCAUCCACUGUUCAGUCAGGAAACAAGUUAGCAAACGGCCAUCAAAUAGUUUGGUGUCAUGAUUAGUCAGCCAUUUUGUACAAGUUAUCACUGUAAAUUAUGAAUCUGAACAGAUCAUCUACACCAAGGGGGACAGGAGCUAAUCCCAGCUUACAUUGAGUAAGAGGUGGGGUAUGUCCAGGUUGCUAGACAAUUAUUCACACUCACAUUCACACUACAGGCAAUUAAAAGCCACCAUUGCACCUGCAUGUUUAGGAGGAAAUACCCACAUAAAUGGGAAGAACAAGCAAACACCACUCAGAAAGGCCCCAGCUAGCCAAUGCGUUCAAACCCAGAACCUUGAGGUGCAAGUACAGUAUUGCUGUAACCAAUUAGACACAAUUUGUAAUAAACCAGAAUUAUCCCUUCUAAGUCACUAGUGAACAGAUUCUUGCUGUUGCAUCUAAAAUAACUGAUAACUAAGUGACAAUGUUUCAUAAGCUUUGAUGUCUUCUCAAGUAGUCAGCAGAGCUUCAGACUGAGCCCGCACUAACUAUGAUAAGUCUGGGUACAGAGACAGAGAGCAUGUCUUUUGGUAAGUGAUGAUGAGCUAUGUUUGGAGAAACUAUGUGAUGAAAGAUGAUAGCGGGUGUUAAUAAAGAGUAGAUGUGAUUUCAAAAAUCAGCCAAAAGUAUUAAAAAAAUGUACCCAACCAUCAGUAGCCACCUCUAUUUUGCUGUAAUAGUAUUCAGUGUGUCAUCUUUCUGCUAAUCUAAUUUUUUUUCACCUACAAACUUGCAAAAGUUGUCUGUCAGUCAUUAUCUUUUUGUCUUUUUAAUAAAACUAAUUGCACUGAUGCUGUUUUGAUGGAAUUUUAAAAUAUCUAGUUCUCUUAGUCAGAACUCUCCCCUUUAUCAAAUGAGUACUGAUGUAGGUGACCUGACCCCAAGCAGAAAAAAGAGCUAGGCACCAAUUUUGUCAGAAAGACAGAGCUGUUAAUUUUAUAUGUAUUUGUUGUUUGAUGAUGAUGAUGAUGAUGUUAUUGUGACCCUCUAUGCUGUAUUAUAACACAGUAUUGUUGUGGUGUUCUAGUGGCAAAUAAAUUAUUUAAGUUUUAAUGGAAAACAGUGUUAUGUGCAUCUUUCAGAUGAGGAUUUGUUUGACUGCCACACGUAUCAGACUAUGUUCCUUUGUAAUGUGAUGUAAUGUCUAUGAUGUUUAUUGCAUGUCU